GGAACGGACGCAGGGAGCAGAGGCAGACCGAGUGACAGCGUCUGAGUCCCGGGGAGGAAUAUCACGGAGCCUCCGUGGAGGAAAAUCCUGCAACGCGGACAAGAUGCCGAAUAAAACCAAGAAGGAGAAGGAAUCGACCAAAUCUGCCAAAAGCAGCACGAAGAACAACAACAGCAGCAAAGAUGGACCUUCGGAGAACUCAGAGGAGUCCCAGCAGCAGCAGAGUGGCAGUAAGCGUCCCAGUAACAGCACGCCGCCUCCCACUCAGCUCAACAAGAUCAAAUACUCUGGCGGUCCUCAGCUGGUGAAGAAGGAGCGGCGCCAGAGUUCAUCUCGCUUCAGCCUGACCAAGAACAGAGAGCUGCAGAAGCUCCCAGCGCUCAAAGAUGCGCCCCCGGUGGACCGGGAGGAGCUGUUUGUGCAGAAGCUGCGGCAGUGCUGCGUGCUGUUUGACUUUGUGAGCGACCCGCUCAGCGACCUGAAGUACAAGGAGGUGAAGAGGGCGGGGCUUAACGAGAUGGUGGAGUACAUCACGCACAACAGCGACGUGGUGACGGAGUCCAUCUACCCCGAGGCCGUCGUCAUGUUCUCCGUCAACCUGUUCCGGACCCUUCCUCCGUCCUCCAACCCCACCGGAGCCGAGUUCGACCCCGAGGAGGACGAGCCCACGCUGGAGGCGGCCUGGCCACACCUGCAGCUGGUCUACGAGUUCUUCCUCCGCUUCCUGGAGUCUCCCGACUUCCAGCCAAACGUCGCCAAAAAGUACAUCGACCAAAAGUUUGUUCUGUCGCUUCUGGAGCUGUUCGACAGUGAAGACCCCAGAGAGAGGGACUUCCUGAAGACCAUCCUCCACCGGAUCUACGGCAAGUUCCUGGGGCUGAGAGCCUACAUCCGGCGCCAGAUCAACAACAUCUUCUACAGGUUUAUCUAUGAGACAGAGCAUCACAACGGGAUUGCUGAGCUGCUGGAGAUCCUGGGAAGCAUCAUCAACGGCUUCGCUCUGCCCCUCAAAGAAGAACACAAGAUGUUUCUGAUCAGAGUUUUACUGCCGCUGCACAAAGUCAAGUCUCUGAGCGUCUACCACCCCCAGCUGGCGUACUGCGUGGUCCAGUUCCUGGAGAAGGACAGCAGCCUGACGGAGCCGGUGAUCAUGGGCCUGCUGAAGUUCUGGCCCAAGACUCACAGCCCGAAGGAGGUGAUGUUCCUGAACGAGCUGGAGGAGAUCCUGGACGUCAUCGAGCCGUCCGAGUUCGUCAAAGUCCAGGAGCCGCUCUUCAGGCAGCUCGCCAAGUGUGUGUCCAGCCCGCACUUCCAGGUUGCAGAGCGCGCCCUGUACUACUGGAACAACGAGUACAUCAUGAGUCUGAUCAGCGACAACGCAGCCAAGAUCCUCCCCAUCAUGUUCCCCGCGCUCUACAAGAACUCCAAGAGCCACUGGAACAAGACCAUCCAUGGGCUGAUCUACAACGCCCUGAAGCUCUUCAUGGAGAUGAAUCAGAAGCUGUUUGACGACUGCACGCAGCAGUAUAAGGCCGAGAAACAGAAAGAGAAGUACAAGCUGAAGGAGAGGGAGGAGAUCUGGCAUAAGAUCGAGGAUUUGGCCCGUCAGAACCCACAGAGUAACAAGCUCCACCCACUUCGCCCUGGACUCCACCCACAGGAAGAGUACAUGCUGUACAGUGACAGCUCAGUGGCCGUUUACUCGAUGGAAACCGAAACUCCGACAGCUGAAGAUAUCCAACUGCUGAAGAAGACAGUAGAGAGCGAGGCCUCCCAGGGGCUGAAGGACCUGAAAAAGGAGAAGGCUCUGGUGAGGAAGAAGUCGGAGCUGCCGCAGGACGUCUACACCAUCAAAGCCCUGGAGGCUCACAAGAGAGCUGAGGAGUACCUGACAGCCAAUCAGGAGGCGCUCUGACCGGAGGGGGGCGGUCCGUCCCCAGCCUGACUGCGACCCCGUCCUGUCCGAGUCUCCGGGCCGGAGCCGACGCUGCGUCCACCACACGUAGGACACUGUAGAAGCUCGUCUGUCCUCGUGCGUCUCCACUGUGAUUGGACAUCUGCUUCAUGUCACUCGCGUCCGCCUGCAGCGCCGUCACACCACACACUGCCCAGCCUCUCCAGCACAGGCCCCGCCCCCAUCCAGGCCACGCCCCCUCACCUGUGGGGUGACAUCUGAAUGUUCUGGUGAAUUUGAAGCACCUCAUCGUGAUCUCAUACGUCUCCGCACAGGAGAAAUGUCCCCCAGUCCCAAGACGUGGGACGUCCCCACUGCACGUGAACGCACCACGGCUGAGGUCACAAAUCAAGCCUGGAGCCCCGCCGUCCGGAGGCCCGACCAAUCAGCUGUAGGGCUGGGUACCGUUUAACGGAACCUCAGUGGUACUGACCGAAAAACUUCAGCAUAUACUGGUACCGAACACGAGACGCGCGUACGGGGAUCAGUUUCGGUUCUUAAAGCGGCUGCGCGUCAAUAAACAUGCGCGGAAACGAUGGUUCAGUUCUUCUCUUUUACUGAAAAAAUGAUGCAUCGCAUCAUUGAACAUGUCACCACGUCUUACCGGCU